UUUGACUAUUAGUGAUGAGCGCUGAAACGAAAGAAUGCAACGCAGUAAAGUUGGAAAACUGUACUGGAAUAAAAUUGGCGAAGACGAACAGAAUCAAUAUUCGGGAUACGGAAGAUAACUGGGUGAUCACUAUUUACGAUCUCCGGUGCUUUAGUGAAACAUCGAUCUUGGUAGAGGCCGUCACUGUUGUGAAACAAGAGCUUGCGAUAAAGAUUAAUGAUGGAAGUGAUAAUACCGAUAAUACAGAAAACUCCACAUCAGUGCCUGCUGCAGCAGCUAGCGGAGAAACUGCAGCCGCUAUUUUCAGUGAUGCGAGAAGUUUCAGACGGAACCACGCCCGCGGUGAUCAAAGCAAGCGCGUUACAACCCGUAACAAGCAACUGGACAAGCCGGUUUGCACUAUUUGUGGCAAAACAUGGAUGACAAAAAAUAGACUCGCGAUCCAUAUGAGAGUACAUACCGGAGAACAACCGUAUAAGUGCGACAAAUGCAGUAAAACAUUCAAGUCGGUAGGGGGUCGAAAUGCCCAUUGGUUGGCGGCUCACAGUGGAGAGAAAAAGUUUAGAUGUGAAAUUUGUGAAAAAAGUUUCUCCUAUAAAGCAAGUUUGAGGAAUCACCGAGCAAUACACAAGAAACGGCCUGAACAUGUGCAUAAAUGCCCGAUGUGCGACAAAACAUUCCAAACGCGCUGUUACCUGAAAUACCACAUUUUCAGUCACACCAAAGAAGAACCGUUCACAUGCGACAUUUGCGGUUCAUCAUUCAGCGCACCAUACUAUCUAAGGUACCACAGAAUGUCCCAUAGGGACGUGGAGGCCUAUUACAAGUGCGACAUAUGCGGCGGGCAGUACAGCAACGAGAAAGUCUUUGAGCUGCAUAAAACGUUACACACGAACGAGCGCCGUUUUUAUUGUGGCUGCGGCAAGAGCUUUUCUUCCUAUGAAAACCUAGAGGAGCACAGGUCGAGCAAAUGCAGAGAUCGGCCAUUCAAGUGUACGGUGUGCGCGGAAACUUUUCGCUCCGAGCGGACGCUUCGAAUGCACGUUACGCGACAUAACAACGGGUUGAAACAAUGCGAGAUUUGUUUCAAAUGGAGGCUUAAUCUAUACAAGCACAUGCGGGCCCAUAAACAAAACAGUAGAAGGUUGUAUCAGAGAUACCACCGCGUUUUCGACGUACGACCACCUGAAGUUGUUACUUAGAAUAAGAUUAUCUUUACUUUAUAUUGUUGCGUGUUAGUCGAUUUACCUAGUUCUCACUCAAAGAGAUAAGCGCCGCAGGCACAAUGUAUUCGUACUAGGUAGGUAUAUUGAACAGAAUUUUAUUAGCUGAACCAUGCUAUCCAUUCGCGACUACGAAG